AUGAGUGGUGUAGGAGCUGGUAUAUGCGAGGGAGCUAUAGUAUGCUCACCAGAACUGGUGAAGAUACGUAUGCAGCUACCCGAAAACAGAGGCCUCUACUCCUCGAGCAUACAGGCCGCAAGUGCGAUUAUUCGGCAUGAGGGUGUUGCUGCACUCUUCACUGGCUUCUGGUGUACACUGCUCAGGAACGCCUGCUGGAAUGGGACCUAUUUUGGGAGUAUCUUCGCCAUUAAGUCGACCAUAUAUUCAACCAAGGAGGAGUCUAAAUUCCUGAAUUUCGCUGCUGGUACCAUUGCCGGCUCCCUCGGGUGUUGUGUUAACACUCCUCUCGAUGUUGUUAAGACUAGAAUGCAGAAUUCAUCAGCUUUAAAGCAAGCUCGACCCGAGGAUGCAGGAAGGCUACUAGCAGUAUCGUCACUAUGGAAGGGGCUUGCACCAAAGAUUAUCCGUUUGGGUCCAGGCGGUGGCAUAAUGUUAGUAGUUUAUGAGCAAGUGACAGAUUAUCUCGGCCGCCUCGAACGCAGAGCAGGCACUCAUUAA